AUGGUAGGUUAUCUACCUGUUCACUACACCUGGAACAUGGUAGGUUAUCUACCUGCCUCACUACACCUGGCCCAUGGUAGGUUAUUACCUGCUCACUACACCUGGCCCAUGGUAGGUUAUCUACCGUUCACGACACCUGGCCCAUGGUAGGUUAUCUACCUGUUCACCACACCUGGCCCAUGGUAGGUUAUCUACCUGUUCACUACACCUGGACCAUGGUAGGUUAUCUACCUGUUCACUACACCUGGCCCAUGGUAGGUUAUCUACCUGUUCACUACACCUGGACCAUGGUAGGUUAUCUACCUGUUCACUACACCUGGACCAUGGUAGGUUAUCUACCUGUUCACUACCCAGGCCCAUGGUAGGUUAUCUACCUGUUCACUACACCUGGCCCAUGGUAGGUUAUCUACCUGUUCACUACACCUGGACCAUGGUAGGUUAUCUACCUGUUCACUACACCUGGACCAUGGUAGGUUAUCUACCUGUUCACUACACCUGGACCAUGGUAGGUUAUCUACCUGUUCACUACACCUGGACCAUGGUAGGUUAUCUACCUGUUCACUACACCUGGACCAUGGUAGGUUAUCUACCUGUUCACUACACCUGGACCAUGGUAGGUUAUCUACCUGCUCACUACACCUGGCCCAUGGUAGGUUAUCUACCUGUUCACUAA